AUGGAGACAGCAGAGGAUGCCAUUGCGCGGGCGGCACCUACCGUCGCUCUGGCGCAACUGGCACCGAAAAAGGACAGAGACAUCAAGCAGCCUAAGGCGGGGACAACUCCCCUCAAAUUUCGCUCGUUCCAAGACUUCUACCUCACGCAGGGCAAGACGCACAAUCGGGACUUCCUGACGGCGCAAAAAGGGCGGCGAGAACCUUGGAAGUGUCAAAUAAGUCAUACCCCGAACAACGCUAUGACGUCGAUGGCAGGAGAAGAAGAUGUGACGAUACCAACAUCGUACAAAACGUACAACGAGGAAGAGCUCAGUACGGCGCUGAAGGGACACGUUAAGCGUCUGUGUGAUUACUUCCAAAAUGGAGUGCCCAACAAAAAUUACGCGAAUACCAUCAAGGCGAUGGUUGCGAAGACCAAGCCCAGACAGCCAACGCACUCAUCGCGGUCGGACUCGUCGUGCAGCACCACCAACAGCCUCAAAAAGAACGACGUAGUUCAGACUAGCCCGAAAGCUGAGCGCGUAAGCGCGCCAGCGGUGGGAAUCGUCGAACUAGCACAACACAUCGCAAGCAGAAGGUCGGAAGGCAAGCGGCCGAGCACCAACCAGGAGGCCCUGGAGUUCCUCGAAAAUGAGGGAAUCGCUUACAAUAACGCCCUUAUGGUCAUGGGUCACGACAGGAGUAGAGGAAGGUCGCGACAGGUGUUCAACUGGAAGACCGCCAUGAAGGCGAUGUGUACCGGGACCGACGUCCCGGACACACCGGACAGUUCAAUCCUGGAUGGCGACGAGGUGGUGAGGGUAGACCUGCCGUUGCCGUUAGAUCCGGAAAUGCGCGAGUUCCUCCGUAAGCGUGGAUUUGUAAUCGGCGAGGACGGGAUGCCCAUCACGGCCGAGGACGAUGUCGUUGAGUGCGACGGCGUGCAGUUCUACGUAUUGCCGCACCAGGGGUCGAUGUCGCGGACGAAUUCGCGCGCGAAUGUUUCAGAGUCGCAGCCACGCGAAGUAUGGGCUGAUCUCAAGACGGGUGCUGUGGUGCCGGAAGUUUCGCAGUGCCCUCAUAAGUUCAAGACCUACGACCUUCGGAUCACUAAGGAGACCACUGAGCCCGACGUUUCGCUGGGUACGGAAGAGGAGGAGUUCGAGGGUGCAACACGGCAGACCGAGGAAGCCGCCUUUUUCGACAAGACGGAUUACAACCUCGACGACUUCACCAACCACAUGUUCGGGUACGCCGACCUGCAGAACAUCGACCAGGUCAUCAACCACAUCCGGAACAUUCUGCCAGAGGAAUGCGAUGGCGAGAACGUGGACGUAGCAGAGCUCUCCACCGACCGAAGGGAGAAGAACGCCGAAAGCUUCGGCUGGUUCCUGGACAAUGCGCAGGAAACGCAGGGCGACACCCAAAGUGAAGCUCAAGACGAGUUGGCGGAGUCAUUUGAAAAUGGCCUGUUGAUAAGUUCAAGCGGCUGA